AUGGCAGCAUCAAUUCUUCCAAUCAUCCUCUACGCUUUUUCUGCGUUCUUUUUAAUCCACAGUGCAUAUUCGGCAUAUGAGUUCUCUUACCUGCUAAAACACUUUGCUCACAUUACAACACCUUCAAAGAAUCUCGUUCCUCUGGAUGUCAAGAUUGAAGCAAUUAUAGGCGCACUUUUUGCAGUUUUCGGUGCGAUUCUUACUAAAGUCGAUACUCUCAAACCCAUCAAGUUCUCUGAGGCCAUUGUUGAAGAUGAACAAGCUGGAAACGGCCCAUUUGAUCGUUUCGAGCGAAGAACUAUUUUUCAAAACGUUAUCGAGCGACGGAAGGAAUACUUGGCCUGGCUCAAGCAGCAGGAGCAGCAGAGUGAAAAGAUCUGA